AUGUCGAGGGAGACGAAGGAGGUUAAUCGCCAGGCCCUAGAAACGCACAACUGGCAAAGAACAUUGGGCAUUGAAAAUGAAAAACAGUUGCGCGCGCUUCACGGUGCUCCACCACUAAAGUAUAGCAAACGACUGGCUUUAAAUGCGCAAUCCUAUGCCGAGCACCUAGCAAAGUACGAUUUGUUCGAUCACAGCGACGGCGGCAAUUACGGCGAAAAUCUCAUCGUUCGCAAGGGUCCAGGGAGCACUCAGUUGACAGGACACUUUACUCAGCUAGUUUGGAGGGACACGGAGAAAGUGGGUUUUGGUGUGGCGCGGAGUAAAGACAAUAAAGCAAUUUAUAUUGUCGCGCAUUACUUUCCAUCGGGAAAUUAUAAAAAAGAAUACAAGAAAAAUGUCCUACCGCCGGAACGAGGACGAUUGUACAUACCCACGAACCGGGACCUAAGUAAGCUAAAAGCGUUUUGA